GGGACUCGCCAGUCGGACAAGCCGAAGCUCGGGAAUGAGGACGACAUCGAGUACCCCGUCCCGGACGGCUUCCUCAUCGGAGCCGCACUAUCGGCCUGCCAGGCCGAAGGCGCUUGGGACCAAGGAGGGAAGGGCGAGAGCGUGCUGGACCACGUCGUGCACGACGAGAGGGCGGGCUUCCCCGCCAAUGCGGACUGGGCGGCGAACCACUACGAUCGGUAUCGGGAGGACAUCGCCCUGGCCAAACAGAUGAAGCUUAGGUCUCUGCGGUUCUCCAUAUCAUGGGCUCGCGUCCUGCCGACAGGGGACAGGAACCACCCUAACGUCGAAGGGGUGAAUUUUUACCACGACUACAUCGAUGAAGUCAUCAAGAACGAUUUGACGCCAGUGGUAACUAUGGCACAUUUCGACCAGCCGUUUGCGCUGGAGAACCAAACCGGUGGCUGGGGUUAUCCAGAGAUGGUUGACAAGUUUGUCGAGUACGCCGAUUUCCUCUUUGCUACAUACGGCAGCAAGGUGCGUUACUGGAUCACCAUCAACGAGCCCAACAACUACUGCGUGUACUUCCCCGUCGUGCUGGCGAAGGUCGGCGUAGGAUCGGCGGAUGAGCUGGGCACCUACCGCUGCAUGCACCACAUGAACCUGGCGCACCUGCGCACGUACCGCCUGUACCGCGACAAGUACUACGCGGAGCAGAAGGGGCUCGUGGGCGCUUCGCUGCUGGUGUGGCCGGCCACGCCCGCCACCACCCGCUGCCAGGACGUGACGGCGGCGGACGCCUUCAUGCAGCUCUUCGCCGGCACCUCGAUGCACCCGCUCGUGCACGGCGACUACUCCCCGGUCACCCGCCGCCUGGUGGACAGCCGCACGGCCGAGCUGGGCCUCAACGCGUCCAGGCUCCCGCACUUCACCGCCGCCGAGAGGGAACAGCUCGCGAAGGGGGCUCUGGACUUCAUCGCCCUGAACGUGUACAACCGCUACACCGUGGCGUACCGCGACAACCCCGCGGACAGCAGUCAGUUCCCCAGGCUGCUAAAGCCUCUCGAGGAUGACUUGCCGUUUGUCAGGAUGGUCGGCGGCGAGUAUGACGAGACCGGUUCGGAUUACUUGGUGAUGCAUGAUGCGGUUCUGUGGACGUGGAACGCCUACCGCAUUCCGAUAAUCAUAGCCGAAAACGGAUUCGCCGACGUCCAAUCGAUGGGAGUCAAAGACACUAUGCGCGCACACUUCCACAGCACAAACAUUCGUACACUUCUGCGCACGAUGAAAGAGUACGGCAUUCAAGUCAUGGGUUACUUUGCGUGGUCGCUUCUGGACCUGUUCGAAUUCACAGCGGGUUACAGCCGCAAUUUCGGCCUGGUGCACGUGGACUACGCGUCGGGCACGCUGGACCGCACGCUCAAGGAGUCGGCCUACUUCUUCACGCGGAUCGGGCGGACGGGCCGCGUGCCCCACGUCCCGGCGCCGGGGUCCUCGGCGCGGCCGGCCGCCCUGCCACCCGGUGCCCUGCUCGCGGCUCUCCCGCUGCUGGCCGGCGGCGCCCUCCGCGGCGCGCUGCUGCUCUGAACGCCACUGCAGAAACACUCCACUGGACGGCGACUGGACGCCGACUUUCUUUUCUCUUUAAAAAAAAAUGCUACAUUGAUUAAAGAA